UAAAGAUCUAAUAAAGCAACUACUGCAAUUUCAUCAUACUUUCCUCCGACCUCUCUAAGAUAUUUAUUUCAUCACCAUCACACAAGAAACCGAACCUUUAACAACCUUCAUUAAAAAUCUCUUAUAAAUCAAAAUAAAAACAACCAUUGUUAAAAAUCACUACCUCUUCUCUUUCAAAAAAAAAAACAUAAAAAUCACAACCUCUUCUAAAUUCCAACACAUUUUUGCUUCAUUCCUCGAAAUCUCUUUUAACACAAACCCAUUCAUUCUUCCACACCUAUGGAUUCUUCUAUGGUGCAAGUACCAGAAAGUAAAACCACGUCGUUUUGGACAAAUGAAAAACACGUAAACUACCUCAAUACUAUGGAAGCUUCUUUUCUUCGUACAAUGUUCCAAAACAAAGGUUGUCGUUCUUCUUCUUCCCAUCACAGCCGUCAAAUUCUUCGACUCGAUCGACAACUUCCCGAUAGCUCUGAAUCAACCCUUGAUUUGAAACCUCACCAUGGAAGCCGCACCAGAAAACACCAUAAAACUUCAGAUUCGAUGGGUCCAACAAUGAGAAGAACACGGAGGAGAUCAUCUCAGCCGUUCAAUUCAAAUGAUCAGGUGGUCCCACAAGUAGAAAAUGAAAGCAAAGGUGUAGCGCCCUAUAAUGGCGACUUUGACAAAGGAGCAGAAAAUUAAUGUUUUUUUUUGGUUAUAUGCAGAAAAUUAAUGUUUAGUGUACCUCUUCUACCCACAAUCAAAUUAUUAUAAUUUUUUUGGUUACAACAAUCAAAUUAUUAUCAACAAAAGAUACACAUUUAAUUUUAUUUUAUUUUUGUCAA